AUAUCAAAUGUUACAGAAGUCCUCAAUUUAUGUCGUUCAAUGGCUUUGUCUACUCGAAUAUUUUCUUUUGGUUUGGGAAAAUCACCUAGUCGAUCUUUAGUUAAAGGUCUUGCUCGAUCAACUAAUGGUCGAUUUGUUUUCGUUCCACCAAAUUCAAGUGUUGAUGUAUAUGUUGGAGAACAAUUACAGAGAGCUCUUCAACCAUGUAUUACUAAUAUUCAUGUUAAUUGGAAUCUUGGUGUUACUGUUCAAACUGCUCCAAAACAAUCACCUCCUGUUUAUCUUAAUGAUCGUCUUAUUGUUUAUGCUCUUACAAAUGAUAAAACAAUUCCAUUUGAUCACAAUUCUUCUGUUGAACUUCAAAUUGAACCCGAUCAUCGUUCAAUAGGUAUAGCAAAAGUCAAUCAAAUACCAAGUGUAGCUAAUAAUGAAACAAUUGCACGUUUAGCAGCUAAAGCACUUAUUCUAGAAUUGCAACAUGCUAAACUUCCAUCAUCAACUGCCAAAAAACUGAAAACAGGUUCGACACAAGCACGGUUUCAAAAUCUGGUAGCAUCAGACGAAGAAAAAAUGGAAGUGAUUCCCGAUGAACAGACAACCAAACAACGUAUCAUUGAAUUAUCAUUGAAAUACAAUAUCUUAAGUCCACAUACAGCAUUUAUCGGUAUAGAGAAGCGAACAAAUGCAAGCAAUGCUGACAUAGUGUUACGUGAAGUACCAAUUGAAAUUUCUGCUGAUGAUCAGCAUUUAUUUACACCAUCGAGAUUGCACUUCUUGUAUGGUGGUGGUGGCGGCGGUUUUCGAGGCAGAGGAGCUAGAACAACUGUAUGCAAUUACAAGAGAGCAUCGAAUAUGAUAAUGCCAUGUGCAGCCACUUCUAAUUUUUCUGCACCUAUGGAAGAAUCUUUUCGUUCAUUCACUGAACGUAGAGGGGACGUUUGUUCAUCAUUAGAAAAGCAAUCUAUCCACAUAGAUGCUGAAAAUAUAGUACGUGAGUCUAGAACUAUCAGUCAAAAUAAUGAAGUAUGGCCUUCAAAUGAUCAAGAUAUUGUUCGUUAUUUGAUCAACACACAAAAGUUUAAUGGCCUAUGGAAUUUAGACGAUGAUAUUGUCAGGAAUUUAACAGGAAAGUUUCUUUCAGUUUUUCAAUCAACAAAUCCAAACAUUGACAAUCAAAUAUUAAUUUCAAUCAUUGUUAUCAUUAUACUUGAGACACGAUUUGCUGGCUUUUCAUCAUUAUGGCAUGGUGUAGUUCAAAAAGCUCGUAAACAACUCAUUGAUUUAGUCAAAAAAGAUUCAAAAAAUUUUGAUAACUUACUUGACGAUAUUCGUAAACAACUUUGA